AUGGGUGUUACUGGGUGGAGGAAGGUUGUGUCUACAAUGUGCUGUAGUGAUGUGCCUGGUAUCUGUUUUUGUUGUUGUAGGAACCUCAAACUUCAUUGCUGUGAGCUCCAUGGGCUAUGGAAGGCUGUGGUACUGUUGGUGUGUAUAGGAUUGGCCAUCCAGAUAUUCGGGAUCAACGGCGGCAAAAGAUUGAGGCUGAAAUCCUCUACGUUGGAUGCGGAUGGCGAGCGGGGAAGGGCCUGCAGCCCCCAGACCCACAUUGUGUUCCUGAAGACCCACAAGACGGCAAGCAGCACCAUCCUGAACCUGCUGUAUCGCUUCGGGGAGGCCAGGAACCUGAGCUUUGCCCUCCCCCGGGGCUACCAGCUGGGCUACCCCAAGCCCUUCAGGGCCGUUGACAUCAACCACUACAGUCGAGGGAGGAACGUGGAUUAUCACAUCAUCUGCAAUCACAUGCGCUUUCAUCACGGAGAGGUUGAGAAGGUGAUGCCCAGAGGAACUUUCUACUUCUCCAUCCUCCGUAACCCGGUCACAUUAGCGGAGUCGGCUUUCACCUAUUACAAGGGCUCGAGCUCAGCCUUCAGCAAAGUCCAGAGACUGGAGCAAUUUUACAGAGAUCCCUGGAGAUACUACAGCAUCUCAGAGACCGGCAGCCAUUACGCCAGGAACCUGAUGUGGUUUGACUUUGGCCACGACCACAACGCCAACGUGACAGAGCACUAUGUGGCCGCGGUGCUGAAGGAGAUCGAGGAGACCUUCCACCUGAUCCUGUUGGCCGAGUACUUUGACCAGUCCAUGGUGUUGCUGAGGCAGGCUCUGUGCUGGGACCUGGACGACCUGGUGACCUUCAAGCUGAACCUCAGGAGCAACAAGACGGUGAGCAGAUUGUCUGCCGAGACCGUGGGGCAGAUCAGGGCUUGGAACGCCCUGGACUGGAGCUUGUAUCUGCACUUCAACCGGACAUUCUGGCAGCGGGUGGACAGGUACGGGCAGGAGAGGAUGAGGCGCGAUGUCCAGAUCCUACGGGAGAAACGACAGGAGAUGAUGGAGCUGUGUCUGCAGGGUGGCCAGGCUGUGGAGGCCGCUCAGAUCCAGGACAAGAACAUCAAACCCUUCCAAUAUGGUCGUGCCAAAAUCAUGGGCUACAACCUCAAGCCAUCGCUCAACAACCACACGAGGGAGAGGUGUGUGAGGAUGGUGAUGCCAGAGCUACAGUACAAGGACUUGUUGGCCACAAGGCCCUCCUAUUCACAUGUCCAGAGGCUGGUGGUCAACCUGGGAGCCAGGAGCAACCAAACUGAGAGCUCGAGGAACGGAGUGACCCAAGGCUCUCAUUGAGGAGCUUUGAGAGUGGGAAUUGGGAUUGGAAUUAGAUAAAGAAAAAUCCUUGCAAUGGGAGACGUAGACUAUGUCUCCUAGACUGGGGAGAGGGUGGAGGGGGAAGGAGGGGAGACAGUGGAGAGGGAAGGA